CUAGUUUCCUCUUAUCUCUCUUCUUAUAUUUAAUCCUUCUCCUGUAUGGAGUGCAACAACAAGUUCAUGCUAUCCUGCUGUGCUAUCAUUUCCUGAUCAACUUUCUAACAUAAGCUGCAGAUCUUGAAAGAAAAGGAAGAAAGUGAUGGCUACAAUGAAGCUGGGUUCCAAGGCAGAAGCAUUUCAGCUUGAAGGCCAAACAUGGAGAUGUUUGACUGAGCUUGCAAGUGAUGUUCUCAUUGAAGUAGGAGAGAUGUCUUUCCAUCUUCAUAAGUUCCCACUGCUCAAUAGGAGCGGUCUUUUGGGAAGAAUGAUAAGUGAAUUCCGCAGUGAGGAUGGAAAAGCUUGUGUUCUUCGUCUCCAUGACAUCCCUGGUGGUGCCAAGGCUUUCGAGCUGGCGGCCAAAUUUUGCUACGACAUCAAGAUAGAGCUGAAUGCCACCAACGUUGUGCCUGUGCGAUGUGCCGCGGAGCACCUCCUCAUGACCGAGGAUUAUGUAGGAGGUAACCUUAUCACGCGGACAGACAACUUCCUGGGCGAAGUACUUAGUAGCUGGAAGGACACAAUCAAAGCCCUUGAGGCAUGCGAGAGCGUUCUUCCUCAUGCAGAGGGCCUCCAUAUCGUCUCCAGAUGCAUCAACUCUCUGGCAUCUAAAGCUUGUUCUGAUCCGAGUCUUUCGGCUUGGCCUGUGGGUGGACACGCCGCCACCAAAAGCUCACAAGGUAGCAGUAGUUGUAGCAGUAGCCGAACUCCCUGGAACGGAAUAGUCGCCAGAGAGGCACCGAGGUCAGCGCUUGCGGAUUGGUGGUAUAUGGACGCAACGUUCCUCGGUCUGCCACUGUUCAAAAGACUCAUCUUGGCCAUGGAGGCCAAAGGAAUGAAGCCGGAAAACGUUGCUGAAGCCCUCAUUUAUUCUGCAAAGAGGUCCUUACCAGGACUGAGUGGGGGCAGUACUGCUGCUCGCAUCACGCCUGGUACAUCGAUUUCAGCAGCAUCAGAAAGCGAGCAAAGGGUCUUCCUUGAAGAGAUUGUUGACCUGCUACCCAUGAACAAGGGUGUGAUCUCGACCAGGUUCCUUCUCCGAUUGCUUCGCACUGCCAUGAUCUUACGUGCGAGUCCUUCCUGUAGGGAGAAUUUGGAGAGGAGAACAGGAGCCCAAGUGGAGGAAGCUGCACUGGAGGAUCUCCUAAUACCAAGCUUGGACCCUUCGGUGGAAACUCUUUACGACGUAGACUGUGUCCAGCGAAUCCUCGGCCACUUCAUGCAGCUAAACCAGUCGGCUGUGACUUCUCCAGCCAUAGUCGACGAGGGGCAAUCGAUAACCUCCUCUUCAUCACCGACACCCAUGACUAUGGUGGCAAGACUUGUGGAUGUCUAUCUUGCAGAAGUUGCAGCUGAUGUUAAUUUGAAGCUUCACAAGUUCCUCUCACUGGCUUCCGUCGUUUCGGAUUACGCCAGGCCUUUGGAUGAUGGUAUCUACAGAGCUAUUGACGUUUAUCUCAAGUCACAUCCAUGGCUCACAGAAUCCGAGAGGGAGCAGAUCUGCCAACUCAUUAACUGCCAGAAGCUCUCCUUGGAAGCCUGCACUCAUGCAGCCCAGAACGAGAGGCUUCCCCUCAGACUGGUCGUCCAAGUUCUGUUCUUUGAGCAGCUCCACCUACGAACCUCGAUUGCAGGUUGGUUCUUCGUCUCCGAUAGGGUGGAGUGCUCCCAGGCUCCUCAUGCCAACCUCGCUCUCCAGAAGAGCAGCAAUGUCGCGAUUCAAGCAGAUAUCAGCGAGGAACAGGAGAACGACGAUCACCAUAUGGAUGUCGAUGACAUGAGGUCGCAAGUUCUGGAGCUCGAGAAGGAAUGUUUGAGCAUGAAGCAAGAGAUCGAGAAGCUCGGAAAGCCAAGGAGUUCAUGGAACAUUUUCUCCCGGAAAUGUGGGUUUGGGGUCAAGUCGCAAUCUGUGGCGGGUGGCAAAUAACUUCAGAUAGAUUCACCGGCCUGACACUGCAGGUGAUAUUGCCUACCGUUGUCGAAACUUCUUUUUGUUUCUUUAACUGAUAUCGUGCAAUCGUAGUCUUUUUUAUUGCUAUUCUCUGAGCAUGUUCUCUUUUGCUGCUGACAUUUUACCACCUAUAAACUCCCUCGUCUCUAUCUUUACAUGUCCUGAAUUGUACUGGAGAACAGUCCUGCUUGAAUUUAUCGUUCUCGAGUAGGAAACUAAGAUCUGCACUCUUGCUUGAUACCUUUCCCGAUCUAUCCUUUCUGUGUCCUUAUGAUUAGCUUUAUAGGUGGGUAAAUUGGUGACUCCAUCCGCCUACCUGUGUAAUGCACUGCACCAAGUUUAUCUCUGUUCAUGCAACCAGACC